GCUGGGUGGCGGUGUGCAGGCCGCUUCUCCCAAAAGAGCCGGUGACGAGGAAAUGGAGCAGGAAAUUAAUGAGGAGCUGCUGCAUGAAAUCGAGCUCCUGGCAUCCCUACGUCAUCCGGAUCUGGUGCUCUUCUUGGGGGCCUGCCUUGACCCAAAGUAUCCCAUCAU